CUAUGGCAACAACUUUGUCAAUAUUGGCGGCAGUCGGGAAUCGGGAUAAAAGUCAAUAAACAGAGGAUAUUCCUAACUUUCUAAACUAUUUUAUAAAAAAUGGGUGACAAAAUUGAAUUACAUUCAUAUCGCAUACGCGGAAAUAUAAGUGACUCUGAAGAAUAUCAUGAAAUUAACGAGAGUGCAGUUUAUUCCGAAAAUCUUAUGCAAACAGUCCCACAAAGUCCAAAAACACAAACAUUUUUUUUUACAAAGCAAAUAAAGAAAAAUAAAAGGAAGAGAGUGAACAAAGAGAGAACAGAUCAAUCGAGUAACAUACUGAAAAUCGUAACUAAAAAAAUAGAUAGCGAAUCCUCGCCAAUAGUUAAGAACGUUAUUAAUGUAAUAAAACCAAACAGUGAACCAAGUUAUUUACAAAGCGAAUGUAGACUAGAUAAAAUAUUACAAUAUAAACCACACAUCUUUGACGUAGAGCACGGCGAUCGCCAGAGAAGCCUUAAACUGCAUCCAAAUUUUCCAAAUGGCGAAAAAACCUCAGAGACGAGGGACACUUAUAUAUUUACCAAUUAUGUUGAGCCCCGCUUUUUUAAAGAUUUUUUUUCUGGGAGGUCAAUAACUAAUUUAAAUGUAACGCAAAAGUUUUUGGAUAUUUCAAUCAAUGGACUUAAUUUUACAUAUCACCAUAGUUAUUCAUUAGAGAAAAUACUAUCUAUAAAAUUAGAAGAGUACUAUAUGGACUAUCUUGAGAUUGAAAAACAUAUAAUACAUAUAUUAAGAGGGAUAGAUGUAAAUAGGCAGACACGAGAAAAUCUUAAAGCGAAGUUCACUGCAAUUAGUACUAAGAAAAAUGAUAGUAUACGGUUUGAUGCAACUAUUCUAAAAUAUACAGCAGCUUUUCUAGAUUUUAAAGAAAAAUAUUAUUAUAAAUUGAACGAAAAGAGAAAGUUGCUUUGUAAUAUUUUAUCACUGUGGUCAGAUAUAAAAAGUACAAGGCAUAAGUUGGGCGUCAUUAACACUCCUAUUAUAUUAGAGGUAGAAAAACUUUACGUAAGCGUAGACACUCUCGCCGAACACUGGAAGGAAGUAUUUCAGAAGGAAUAUACAGAUUUUCUUAUUGAAUUAGAAUAUGAUUACGUAAACAAAUAUUUAGAGUACAAACAAUUUAAAAGUGAUGAGAAUUAUGACAAAAACAAACUUGUUAAACCAAAACUUCAAAUUGAUCCAGAGCGAAUAAAACAUGAUGUCGAAAAACGUGUCGGUUUCUUAGUAAGCCCCGAAGAUGUGUCUGUUAGACUUAAAUUUGAUGAAACAAUACAAAAAGUAAAGCCAAACACAGAAAUUCAGAGCGAAGAAAAAUAUAUUUACUUGAAAGUAUUCAUUGAUGAUGUGUUUGUAUGUGAAUCUGAACGUUUGGAAGUGAAAGAUAUUUCCGCAAUCAAUUAUAAUGAUUCUUUUACAUUGCAAAUAUUAGACAAUAAUAAAACACUCACUUUUAUUCUAUGUGAAGGAAGUAAAGAUAUUUCAGCUCUUACAAUGGAGUUGGACGAAAUUCGCAGAAAAUAUUUGAAUUCAGUACUUAUCAAUAAACAUUUUGUGUGUUACAACAAAAUUAAGCCCACGUCAUUAUUCAUCGGUAAUGGAUAUACGAUAAAAGACAUUGCAGCCAUUAAUGAUGUGAUGCUAAAGAGUAACAAUUUAUUUCAAGGGAAAUUAUUAACAUCAUGUGAAAUCAAACUGAGUUUUUCCUGGAAUGACACCUUCAAUGCAAAUGAAAAACCAAAUAUUUCAUUAAAAUAUUGUUUAGAUGUCAAAAAACAGAUUCAAAGAAUUCUUCAUGGCCUAGAUAAACCAAAUUUAAGCACCUUAUUGGAUAUUUUAAAUUAUGUUUAUGAAUUUGAAAUCGAUGACGAAAAUAUUAUUAAUAGUUUAAAAGAUAUGUGUAAAUAUAAAACCAAACAAGUCAAGUUUGAUUUUAUUAAUAACGAAAAUCGCACUCGUUUUAAGUUAUUGAAAUUGAGAAAUCAUGGACGUUUAGUUAAUGUUAUUGACAAAAUUAUUCCCUUAUUUGAUUCUCAAAUAACGACAGAACGAUUAAGCACAAUGGAAAGUGAAGAUAAAGAAUUCAACGUUGAAUAUUUUGAAAGUCAACGUGCUAAUAUGGAUCCAAUAGAUUUAGAAAGAUACGUGGGCAUAAAAUUCAUAGAAAAAUUAAAUAAACAAAUCUUGACAGAUUUGAACGAUAGGCUUCUGAGGAAGACUCAUAAAGACGUUGUCAAUGAUUAUCAAGAUCUUAGUUUGAGGAGUAUAUUUUCAAUUAAAUCAAAUACGUCGUUGGCAACAUCAUCUGUAGCUAAACAAUCACGUGAAUCAGAACUAGCUAAGGAGCAAGAAAUAUACAUAACAGUUUUGCGGGCUUUUAAUUUAUUAGAUCGUUCCGACACGGAACAAGAAGAAAUCGACGAGAGCAUAGCUGGUUACAAAUUCCGCCCCCUAAGACCGUUUGUGAGAUUAAAUUACAACAACGAAUCAGUACAAACGUGCACAGCAGUUGGAAAUAAUCCCACUUGGAAUUAUACUGCAAAAAUUAAAACUAAGCUCGAGCCACUCUCCUCGAUAUACAUAAACGUAUACGAUGAACAUACGGUUAAUAUUAGCCAAGAGCUAGAUCAAUCAUUUCGUUUCAGGCGUUACAAUAAAUGGCUGGGCACCCUUGCCAUCCCGAUUAGCACAGUUUUAAAUUUAGGUUCGCUCCGUGGAACAUUCAAAAUUACAACAGCACCCAUUAUUUUUGGCUACGAAAGCGCUCCGAAGGCAUCCACAUCAGUAAUACCAGAAAUAAUUCGACUUAUGAAGAAAGACACUGCUUUCCUCACUCUUCGGAUUACAACAAGUCUUUGCAAUUUGGGCGGGCUUCGAUUUUAUAACCAGCCUUGCGAUAACGAUGGCCACAUUUUGCGGCAUUUAAAUAAUUUCGUAACAGAAUAUCUCAAUGAAUUUCCAGCAAGAAAUCUGUCUCUCACUUUUAUAGACAGUACUGGGAGACAUAAAUGUGUAACUGAGUUCCUUCAGCCUCUGCCCCUUCCAGAGAUUAAUUUAAGCGAUACAAAAUCAAUGGGACCUUCUUCAAGGAGUUCUCCGAAGACUAACAUAAAUGCUUUCGAACUAACCGAUAUCUCGCAAAUGGUGAAUUUAGCUAUUCGCUACGUAUCGUUAAUACCUACCUAUGAAGUUAUUCAAACUCAUGUUGUUACUCUACGUGGGAUCGUAAGUUAA